AAUACCGACUUUAGAACAUUUUCGUGAUCUAAGAUGUCAGUCGGCAUAAGUUCGCUUCACUAACGAUUUAUAUUUCCGCUAUGAUCGUUUGUUCUAUUCAUGCGUGACUAGUUUACGCAAUUAACAGCACAUAAAUUUCUUUUCUAAUCUGAUUUUCCCUUGAAAUUUACGGCUAUCUUUCGCUUACCGAUUGAUGAAUAAAAAUUCUAAGUUCGGAUUCUUCCUCGACGCUUGCGUUCAGCUUGACAGACGUUUUAAUCGGAGACAAAUUGGUUCUCUCAUUGACGGUUUUUUUCGCGCCCGCAAAAUGAGAAGCAUUCGCGAUAGAUUUCUAGGUCACGCAAUUUCUCAACGCCAGGAAGUUCCCUCGUUCUGCCAAACGAGGCUGAAACUACACUUGAAAGUCUCUUUUUGUAUAGUUGGUCGAUAUGUAGCUGGAAAAUAUAGCGUUCAGAUCUGUUUAUCUCGACUUUCAAAUUCGAGGAUACGAAUGGGAUUAAACUUUUGGACCCGGCUGUGGUCUUUCAGCAGGAAGUAUACUAAGAUACUGUUCUAUGUACUCGUUUUUAUCACGUGUUGUAUUCGCCUUUCAACAGGCGUUUCAAGGUCGAAUUUCUUUGCAUUUCCUUGUAUUCUCUGCUAUGCUGUAAGAAGAAGACAAAACUAUAAAACACAAACAAAUAAACUAUGAAUUUUUAAGAUGGACUAGGUCGCUUUGCCAAUGACCGCGCCCUAAGCACAGUUUAAGCAAGAAUUUUCAAAUUUUUGAUCGUGGAUUUCCACCUAAAACAGAAAGCUCAAUGAAGCUAAAACGGAAUUUGCUUACGUGCAGAAUUGUAGCAAUGCUAUUGUUCCAAUACAAACAGAACCUUUAACUCAUAACACUUGAUAGCACUGAAGGAAGUUUACCCCGCUUAAUUUACAUGGAUCGUCCGUCACGUUUACUACGAAGACUGAAGUUUCAAUGUCAGUUUUAUUAAUAUUUUACACUGUUGAUUGCGUGUUCGAAAUGCAUUAUAGUCAAGCUUACAAUUUCACACAGUCUGAGCAUUUUAAUCACAUUGAGGAAAUUAAAAUACGCGGAAACGGAAGUACAUUGUACAUAGAUUUUCAUUGUACUGUAUAAAGAGGGAAGGGAACUUAACGAUUUUUUUUUUUCCCAUCCCCUUUAUGUGUACAAAUUUGGCGAAAUAGUAUUUUCUUUAGCACCAACCCUUCCUCUGAAGGGAAACACAAGUCGUCAUCUGCUCCAGGGGUCCCUUCAGGUGUUAGUAUUGCCCAAAUUCCUUUAUCACGUGAUUGGAAAUGGGAAUCGUACGUGAUAAACAUGGCGGAUUCAGGCAGACGGGAAGAGUCCAUUCUUUUCGUCUGUAAACUGCGUCUCUGGCGAUUAUGAUCUGAGAAAUCCUAUUGUUAGUCGUGCCGCUUCGGCGGAAUCUUAACAAGAAUUCGAGAGCUGCGGGUCUGGUCACCUCAUCCCAGAAGUUUCAUUGUCCACGAUUUGGAGAAAAACGUGUUUGGGGUUGCUUAACUCAACUGGCCUGAUUUAAAAGUUAACGUACAGCUAUCACGAUAUCUUUCGUUCUACAAAAUGGAUCCACAGGUUGUCAUAAAAGGUAAAGGAGGAGCAGUCUCCUUCACUGAUGAAAGUGAAGACAUCUCCAAGCUUAACGAGGAGGAGCUGAGAGUUGUGUACAUUGGUAUAGAAGGGAUGCACUGCAACUCCUGCAUAAAGAACAUUGAAGGAAAUAUUUCUACACUAAGUGGAGUGAAGAAAAUUGAAGUGUCGCUGGAGGAAAAAGAAGGAAAAAUUACCUACUCACCGAGACAUACGACUGGAAAAGUGUUAGAAAAAGCCAUUGGAGAAAUGGGCUUUGAAGCAUCAAUGAAGCAAAUUGUUGAUGUUUUGACACAGAAUGAACUGGCUCUGUCAGAGGACAGGAUGGUUGAUAAUAAAGAAGCUGAAAGCCUUGAAAAUUGCCUCAAGAAUAGCAGCGAGGUGAAGAUAUCUGUGAAAGGAAUGACCUGCCAAUCUUGUGUCAGGACUAUUGAGCAGGGUGUGUCCAAGCAGCCUGGUGUACAAGCUGUCAAAGUGUCACUUAAGAAUGAGGAGGCAGCAAUUACAUACAACCCAUCAUUAACUGAUCCAGGCUUGCUUAGAGAAGCUAUUGAUGACAUGGGCUUUGAUGCCUCCUUGUCGUCUCCUUCAGCCUCCCCUCCCCUGACAAAUGAUGUCCAGAUGGUCAUGAUCAAUGUGGAUGGAAUGACAUGCAAUUCAUGUGUCCAGACCAUUGAGAAGAGCAUUUCUAAACUUGGUGGCGUGCAGUCGAUUUCAGUGUCAUUAAAGAGAAAGACAGCUCAAGUUCAUUAUUCACCUGAAAAAGUGACAGCCAAGCAGUUGAGAGAAUCUAUUGAAGAGAUGGGAUUUGAUGCCCGCUUGAUAGGAGAUGACAUCUGCAAUGUAAACAAGGAUGUGCGUACUGCAAUGAUAAGCGUAGAAGGAAUGACCUGUAUGUCCUGUGUAAAGACAAUAGAGGGAAAUAUGUCCACUAAGCCUGGUGUACAAAGCAUCAAAGUUUCCCUCGACGAUAAACGCGCUGCUAUAGAAUAUGAUGAGUUAGUGACAACUCCAGAAGAUUUGCGUGCAGGAAUAGAAGACAUGGGAUUUGAUGCAUCAUUCUCUGAAGAUGUCGAGGCAUCAAGUAAGGAGGGUUCGGGUGCCGUGGCAGUUGAGCACAACUUGGGAGGUGAUUGGCAGGUGACCUUUAGUAGAAACCGUGACGCCCCGAAGACCAUGGAGUUAACAGGUGACGAAGAUAUGGACAAGAUCUACCUACACAUUACUGGCAUGACAUGUGCAUCAUGUGUGGGAAGCAUUGAAAAAGGCCUCAUGAAGAAAAAGGGAAUAAAAUCUGUCCUUGUUGGCCUACUAGCACAGAAAGCAGAAGUCAAAUUUGACAAGAAAAUGAUCACUGCAGAUGAAAUAGUUUGCCAUGUGAAGGAAUUGGGAUAUGGCUGUGAUUUGAUGGAUCAAAGUGGGCAGGGAGAAGGCACGGUUGACUUAAUUAUAACAGGCAUGACGUGUUCAUCCUGUGUGCAUUUGAUAGAAUCUAACAUCAGCAAGAGACCAGGAAUACUGAGAGCAUCAGUUGCUUUGGCAACCAGUAGUGGCCGAUUUGUGUUUGAUACAGAAACGACAGGUCCUCGGGACAUCAUAGAGGCGAUUGAGUCACUGGGUUUUGGAGCAUCACUGGACACAAACGAUAAGAAAAAAGACAGGAUAGAUCAUUCAAGGGAAAUAAGCAAGUGGAGGCGAUCCUUUCUGUUUUCGCUGAUAUUUGGAGUGCCAACAUUUGUGAUAUUUAUCACUUAUGUGAUCCUGGAUGAACUGGAGAAGAGGCCAAACCAAAUGAUCUUGCCUGGUCUGUCUCUGGAGAACCUUUUGAUGUUUAUCCUGUGUACCCCAGUUCAGGUCUUUGGUGGACAGUAUUUUUAUGUGACAGCUUACAAGGCCCUGAAACACAGGACAACAAACAUGGAUGUGCUGAUCAUGCUGGCCACCUCAAUAGCUUAUGUUUACUCCAUUGUUGUUGUCGGUGUCGCCAUGGUAGAGAAGAGCAACCACAGCCCAAUGACAUUCUUCGACACUCCACCGAUGUUGUUGGUGUUCAUUUCUCUUGGUCGCUGGAUGGAGCAUGUGGCAAAAGGGAAGACAUCAGAGGCGCUGGCUAAGCUGUUGUCGUUACAACCUUCAGAGGCUCUGCUGGUUAAACUUCAGCCAGGGACGAUGACUGUGGUCAGUGAGAAGGUCAUCAAUGUUGAUCUGGUACAGCGUGGAGACGUGCUCAAGGUUGUCCCAGGAGCUAAAAUACCGGUUGACUGCAAAGUUCUUCAAGGAACAUCCACUGCAGACGAAUCCUUGAUCACAGGAGAAUCCAUGCCUGUCAUCAAGAAACCAGGAGACUCUGUGAUUGGUGGAACUAUCAAUCAAAAUGGAUCCUUAUUGAUCGAGGCUACUCAUGUGGGUCAGGACACUACACUGUCACAGAUUGUGAAGUUAGUUGAGGAGGCUCAAACUUCCAAGGCCCCGAUUCAGAAGUUUGCAGACAAGUUGUCAGCGUAUUUUGUUCCCACUGUUGUUGUUAUCUCAAUCGCGACAUGGGUCGUCUGGCUUGUUAUUGGAUUUGUGGACAUCACGUUGCUAAGGAAAACCUAUGAUGCCAGCAAGGAUAACAGGAUAGAGUUCGUGUUCGCCUUCGCUUUUCAGAUCGGUAUAACAGUGCUGGCCAUUGCAUGCCCCUGCGCCCUUGGUCUGGCCACCCCAACAGCUGUCAUGGUGGGCACAGGCAUUGGAGCUCAGAAUGGAAUACUUAUCAAGGGAGGAGAACCACUGGAGACUGCACAUAAGGUCAAUGCUGUGGUGUUCGACAAGACAGGCACUCUGACACACGGUUCCCCAGAAGUGGUGAAGACUGCUCUGUUUGUUAAACCAGGCCAGUGUAGCUUGGAAAUGCUGCUGGCAGUGACAGGCACUGCAGAAAACCACAGCGAGCAUCCCAUUGGUCUGGCCAUUACCAAUUAUGCCAAGCAGCAACUUCAGACCGAAACUCUUGCCCAGUGUACUGAUUUCAAAGCCGUGCCUGGGUACGGUUUGUCCUGCAAGGUCAGCGGUGUUGAGGAGUUGAUAAAGCCCAAGACUGUCAAGGACAAAAACAAGAAAAACCUGACUGUCAAGGUUGACGGAGUUGUGAUAGAUGAGAGCCAGGAUAUUGAUCCGGCAUCGGUGAUCAGCGAAAGUGAUAAUGCAGAAGUUAGGGAAGAUAGCGUGACUCCCAGAGAACCAGUCGCUUGUCACGUGAUCAUUGGCAACCGAGAUUGGAUGCAGCAGAACGGCCUGGAGGUCACUGAUGAGAUGGAAGACGCUAUGCAGGAGCAUGAAGAAAAGGGACAUACCGCUGUACUCGUCGGCAUUGACGGUCUCCUUGUAGCCAUGAUGGCUGUAGCCGACACGGUUAAACACGAGGCUCAGGCCACAGUAGCCACUCUGAAGAAAAUGGGAAUACGUGUUGUCUUGCUGACCGGCGAUAACAAGAAGACAGCUUUCGCUAUCGCCAAGCAGGUUGGAAUAGAGCAGGUGUUUGCCGAGGUUCUGCCCUCGCACAAAGUGGAAAAAGUUCGUUCCCUUCAAGACAAGAAGUUUAUUGUAGCCAUGGUUGGAGACGGUGUGAACGACUCCCCUGCACUGGCUCAGGCCCAUGUCGGCAUCGCCAUCGGUACCGGAACAGAUGUGGCUGUGGAGGCGGCUGAUGUCGUGUUAAUCAAGAGCGAUCUAAUGGAUGUAGCCGUGGCCAUCGACCUGUCCCGCGUGACAGUCCGUCGAAUUUACAUCAACUUUCUAUUUGCGCUCAUCUACAACAUGAUCGGAAUCCCGUUAGCUGCCGGAGCGUUUGAACCCCUGGGCGUGGUCAUGAAGCCAUGGAUGGCGAGUAUUGCGAUGGCGGCUUCUUCAGUGUCUGUUGUUGCCUCGUCACUCAUGCUUAAAUUGUACAAAAAACCGGAAGUAGAGGAUAUGGACAUGGGCUCAAGAAACUUCUGGUCUGGUUACACCAUGUUAAACACAGCUCCUAACGACUCCUUGGAUAGCGAACCAGACGGUUUCAUGAACAGAAUUUUCAGGAGACGGUCUCGCACCAGCUCUAAUCCGGUAGAAGGAAAGAGAUUUGAGUUCAUUUCUGACGAAGCGUAACUUUUUUAAGAGGAAAAGAAUCUACGACACCAAGUCGGGAAAGGAGUAACUAAAAAUAUUCGAAUUUAUUAGGAAGGGUAAACAAACUCUCUAGAGAAGUUAUGUGCAAUUCUCUAGGUUUCAUCAUUUAUGUUGAGUCUGCGUAGAUUAUGAAAAUAUGUAUCAGAAAUUUGUUAGAUAUGGGUUUAGUGUUCAUAGAUUUCUUUAAUUAACUUUGUGUAAAAAAGGGUUUUAAUCAGCAUUUGUUACAUUGGGGGCUUUUUUUGAGUUUGCCAGGUUUGUGAUUAUCUUAGGAUGAAGUGAUGAAAUUAUCUCGUGAAAUGAAAUUUCAAACAUGCGGUUAUAGAUUGAAUUAUAAUAUGAAAUUAGAGUAGUGUGGAUUUAGAGAGUAAGCUUGAUAACAUCGAGCCAAUUUGAUUUGAAUAUUUUGUGCAGACAUAUUUUUGUAAAGAUGUAAAUUGGUUGCAGUUUAGCGAAACUGUUUGAUUAGCCAGGAGCUUUUGGACAAGUCGACGUUAGAAUACGUGACUUUUUUUUUUUUUUUUUUUUUUGCACGGUACCUAUUAAGAAUGGUUGCUGUAAGUAGUCACACGCAGUCGAACAAACAAUAGUUAUUAGAACCGACCAUUUAGACUACAGUAUGUUGAGGUUGGUUAUGAGGAGAAAAUGGGCACUGAGAUAAAAUCCUCAACCAUUACAUCUUAGUGCCACCCACCAACUCCUUCCCGGUAAGCCCUCCACACCGGUUACAUUUUAUCCUCUUCCCCAUGUUCUCCUUGCUACUACAUUCAAGGCUGUCAACACACUAAAACUACGGCACUAUACAUGACAAAAAUGGCGCUGGUCAGCUGUAGAGGUAGUUAGCAACUAUUCAUGCACAGUAUAUUAUAGCACAGUUGUUCUUUUUGUUUCCGUUGACGUUGGAAUUUUGUCGGCUAUUUCAUUAAAAAAAAGAUUGUUUCAUCAUAAAAAAGAGGAAAAAAAGAAAAGAGAUCGCAGAACAGUAUCUUUAAGCAAUAGCUUUUAAUAGGCAGGUAAUGAAAUUCGUGCCAGUGUAGUAAGUAUAAGAUAAGAUAUUUUAUUAAAUAUAAACGAGUUUAAAAUGAA